UCUCAUAGCGAUCGAAAAGCGCGAACCCAAUUCAUUUUUUGAUAAUUGAUCAAUAGACAUCUCUGGAAGCCACAAAUUCGGUCGAGAUUGAGCCACAGUCAACGAGACGUCCAUCAUGUCGCAGGGGGACGACUAUCGGUUCGCCCUGAUGCUGCAGGAGCAGCUGAACUCCGAGCCCGAGCAGGGAAACUCCGCAGCCAGUGCCGAAAACAAAAAUGUGCAUGACUCGGACUACCAGAUGGCCCUGAAGCUGCAGGCCCUCAUGGAUUCAGAGAAUGAGCGCGAAGAAGAGGGCCUGGCCAGUGAGUUGGACACCGACAUUCAGUUCGUCUACCCUAAAAGUCGGGCAAAAUCUAAUACACAGAACCACAAAAAUACUUCAAUGGAGAGGCCACCAGUGCGCGCCAUUCAGAGUAGCCAUGAUGACUAUCUCAACCAGACGAUGAACCUGGUGCAUCCGGAGUGGGAGCUGGUCGAUCCCUCUCCGGACAUCUUCUCCAUGUUCGUGCGCUUCGACGAGAAGUUCUUCCAGAAGCGCCUGGGUGCCGUCGCCCUCGAGUGGAGCAAGCGAAUGUACUCGUGCGCGGGCAUCUGCUACCAGCGGGGCAAUCGAUACGUUAAGGAGAUCAUCAUUCGGCUGAGCGAGCCACUGCUUAAGUUGCGUCCGCGCAAGGACCUCGUGGAGACACUACUGCACGAGAUGAUCCACGCCUACUUCUUCAUACUCAACGUACGCGAAGGCAAUGGAGGUCAUGGGCCCAACUUCAAGCGCAUGAUGGAGAUGAUCAACAAGGUGGCGGGUACCAACAUCUCUGUUUAUCACACCUUCCACGACGAGGUGGCCGCCUAUCGCACCCACAUCUGGCGCUGCACGGGCAUUUGCCAGGAGCGUACGCCCUUCCGGGGCUAUGUGAAGCGCACCAGCAACCGGGCACCCGGGCCCAGUGACCAGUGGUGGGAGAAGCACCAGCGCGACUGUGGCGGCACCUUCAUGAAGGUGGGUGAGCCGCCCAAGCCCCCCAAGCCCGAGGUGAAGCCGAGGGCAAAGAAGACUAUACCGCCAGUGGCUGAGCCCAAAGGGAACAUACGUAACUGGCUGGCCAAGCCGGCUUCCAAGAAACCAGCAAUCGAGUCAGCUAUGCUUGGCGAUCUGGUCAGCGCCGUGCCACCGACCUCAUACCCAGGACUCUCCUCCGACCCCUUUGUGAUGCCCAAGCCACCAGCUGCAUCUAAACCCCGUGGCGCAAACAUUGUAAGCUUCGGCGAUCUCAAUAGCAGUGGCGAGGAGGAUGAACGUCCGGGAGCACGCCAGCCUUCAAAGGCAGCCACUGAGAUGACUGGACAGGGCUACAGCGUGGGUGGAGCUGGCGCCGGAGCAGUCAUCGAUAUUACCGGCAAUGAUAGUCCCAAUACUUCUCAACUCCGAAAUAAACGUCUAGAGCGGUUCGGUCAGGCUAAUUCCACUAAAGAGCCAAAGAAAUCCCAAUUGGAUACAGGCAAAAAGCGUCGCCGGGUGUCCAGUGAUGAAGAUAUAGUCAGCUGGGAGUCCUACGACGAUGAUAUAAUGGUCAAAAAUGUGGAAGUGCCCGUGAUAGAACUGGUCGACAGCGAAAGCGAUGAGGAGCAGCCGGCGGAGGAGAAGUCCAUGGUGCCAGUUGCUAGGAACACAAUGAGCAGUCAUGAGCGCAGCCAGAUCAUCAAACGCGAGGUAAUGGAGGACGAAUCUGUAUAUUCCGAGGACGAUAUCCUCUUCAUCGAUGACGAAUACGAUGAUGAGGAGGCGGCGGCCAGCGAUGCCAGUCUCACAGCGGCCACGGAACUGGCCGAUCAGUCCAUCAUCGAUGAUCUCUUCGGGGAGGAUACCCUGCUGCAGGAGUUCCAGCGCGAGAACGCCGUGCAGCCAAGCUGCUCGAACUACUCAAGCAAUGUGAACAACGACAUCGUCUCCUGUCCCAUUUGCUUUGAGAAGAUGAAGCGAACGCAGCUGGAAAAUCACUUCGAGGGCUGCAGCAUCACAGUGCGCGUGGACUAUAAGUCAAAGGGGGGCCUACCAAUAUCCAACAGGUCAUCCACCUCGAGGCCUUCGACUUCACGCGCCUCCAAGUCAAAGCGCACUGAUUCGAAACAAAUUCUUCGCAAUGCUGGAUACACUGAAAAGGAGAUCGACGAGCUAAACCUUAGCUCCUCCAGCGAUUCGACCACCGUGCUGUCCAGUGAGGAUGAGCUAACUCCCCGCCAGCGCCGCCAGCGCAAUUUGUUCAAAACGACCGUGAAUUGCCCCAAAUGCGGCCAGGAGCUGAUGGGCCACCAGCUGGAGGCGCAUCGCUCCCUCUGCAAGGCCAAAAAGCGCUAGGUUUUCACUCUCUACUCCGCAAAGGAGGCUUGUUUAUGUUUAAAGUUUUUGUACCGUAUGAGUACCAUUUUCAUUUUCGUCUGUUGAACCUUUUUGAAUAAAUUUAUGUUACAAGAUA